CAGACUGUCAAGCCUGAUGAUUUUCAGUGCCUUUUCAUGAUCUAUUGUUCAGUCUAACCACCUUACAUUUUUUUUACUUAUCAAACUUCAGAGAAAGUAGUAGCACAAGAUGCAAACUCAAAAAGAGUGACUAAUUGCGUUGUCCCUGCUCAUAGGAGGUCAAAAGUAAGGGGUGUGCUCCUGCAAAAUCCUGAAGAUGUAUAGCUAGACGUGGGAAGUUAUCCUUCAAGAUGGUUUACUUUGUUCUGUUGCAGGAUGUAGUGCACAGUGAGAGGUGUCUAUAUCUAGUUUUUGAGUACUUGGACUUGGAUUUGAAAAAGCACAUGGAUUCAUGUCCAGAAUUUUCUAAGGACAUCCGCACGAUAAAAAAAAUGCUCUGCAUGGAUCCUAGAAGAAGCAAGAUGCUCUGCAAGAACUUCACGAUCUUAUUACCUCGAAGAGAUCCCGAGCAUGGUAAAAUACCCUUGAGAGGAUUAUGUUCAAGUACAUUGAGCUAUGUGUUGAUAUGCGGAGGGGGAGAUUUGCCAAGGAUGUUCAAGUACAUUGAGCUAUGUGUUGAUAUGCGGAGGGGGAGAUUUGCCAAGAAUGUUCAAGUACAUUGAGCUAUAUG